GCGCAGGGUGACGGUGAUAACAGGCUUUUCGUCACCAAGAUAGCGCCGUUCAUCACAAAGGAGGAUGUCGCUCAGCACUUUGCGCAGUUUGGCGUCACCACCGAUGUCUACCUGCCCGCUGUGCCGGGCCGGCCAGGGCACAAGGGCAUUGCCUUUGUCUCCUUCCAAGAUCCGACCGCGGUUCAGUUGGCCAUGGGGAAUGAGCCGCACAUCAUCAACGGCAAUGAGGUAGUUGUAGAUCGUGCUGCUCCCCGCGCAGCGAAAGGGGAGGCAAAGGGUGAGGCACACUUGCAUCAACCCAGCCCUCCCAGCCAUAGCCAGGCCCAGCAAGCCAACAAUGGUGACCGUCUCUUUGUCACCAAAGUGCCGCCAACGCUGAACCGAGAUCAUUUGGAGAAAUACUUCUCCCAGUUCGGGGAGCUGACCGACUGCUACAUGCCG